AUGGCCGAGUCACUCGGUCGUUAUGUGGCAGAAGCAUUGAAAUUUGGCAAACAAUCACUGAUGAAUUGUGAACAGGCAAAUAUUUCUGAAGCAACUGAACAAAAAACCUAUUUAGUUAAAAAGAUAAACCACCGGAGACUGAGCUGGAAAAAUCAUCUCUCGAAUUAUCUUGUUUGUUGGAUUUUGAGAGUUGUUUCAGGUGAAAGCAGUACUUUUGAUGUUGGAUUAGAUAUUACUUUCUGGUAUUGA